AUGCGCGCCUGGAGAGUGUUGGGUGCCUAUAACAACAACAGAGAACGCGAGGGAGCGAAAGAGUCCGGGCGCACCACCAGUAGCUCCUGGCAGCGGCGUCUGCCGGCGUCGGGAACCUCAGCUAGGAGUUUUGCAAGCGCCGGUGGGCAGGAUCGAGGGGCAAACUCGUCCUUUUGCAGAAAAGUACCGGCGAGAUCUGCGUCUGGGGCUCCUGCUCGCCUCUGCAGACCAGACGAAACAGCGGUCAAGAGGAACCGUGUAGGGCACGGCAGGGAAGACAGAGCCGGGAGUGGGAGAUUGCGCUCCAUCGCGGGUCUUUCCGACCCCUCUCCGCUCUUCCAGCUAGAGAAGCUCCAUGGGCGUAAAGGACUUCGGCCGGAAUCCCGACUUUUGGAUAUGGCGACUUCCCUCUCCGGACUUGGAGAGCUGCUGCUGCUGCUGCUGUUGCUGCUGGUUGGACUGACGGCGAAGGGGGCGCUGGCCAGCGGCGAGUAUUGCCACGGCUGGCAGGACGGGGCGUCCUGGCGGGAAGGUUUCCAGUGCCCGGAGCAUUUUGACGACGGCGACGCCACCAUUUGCUGCGGCACCUGUGCGCUUCGCUAUUGCUGCUCUCGCCCGGAGGUCCGCCUGGAUCAGGGCAUGUGCGACAACGACAGACAGCAGGGCGGAGCGGAGCAUGGCCGGCCGGACAAAGACGUGCCAGAUAGCACAGCAGUGCCUAUUUAUGUGCCAUUCCUUAUUGUGGGGUCUGUUUUCGUGGCAUUCAUCAUCCUGGGAUCCCUCGUAGCUGCUUGCUGUUGCCGGUGCCUGCGACCCAAGCAAGAACCCCAGCAGAGCCGAGCUCCUGGAGGGAAUAGGAUAAUGGAGACAAUCCCCAUGAUUCCAAGUGCCAGCACCUCCCGCGGAUCAUCCUCACGUCAAUCAAGCACAGCUGCCAGCUCCAGUUCAAGUGCCAACUCUGGUGCCAGGGCUGCCCCCACCAGAUCACAAACUAACUGCUGUUUACCAGAGGGGACCAUGAAUAAUGUAUAUGUCAACAUGCCAACUAAUUUCUCAGUACUGAACUGCCAGCAGGCUACACAGAUAGUGCCUCAUCAAGGGCAGUAUUUGCACCCCCAGUAUGUGGGGUAUGCUGUGCAACAUGACUCUAUGCCCAUGGCCUCUGUCCCACCUUUUCUGGAUAGCCUGCAGAGUGGGUACAGGCCAAUUCAAUCGCCAUAUCCCCACAGCAAUAGUGAACAGAAAAUGUACCCAGCAGUGACUGUGUAGCUUUAAGAAAGGAAGGAAGGAGGAAACCAAACCAGUCCCACUGACGCAUCAAGCAAAGGAGUAGUAAAAGCAACAAACUGUACAAAACAACACUUUGUAAAUAAUUUUGGAAAACCCAUGCAUGUCAGACAGUAUUUAUACCUGGUGUUGCAAAAAACUGUAUGAAGGUAGCAUUUCUAGUAAUGCCUCCCUUCCAGUGUAUAAUUCAUAAAGGCUAAGAAUUAUGCUGAAGGAGGCACUUACAUUUCUGUUGCCAAGCUUGCGUGGAUGAGUGAUUAAAUGCCCCUCAGGUACUUCUCGGUCAGCAGUAUUUGCCUAGAGAAUAGAAAACACUUUGUAAUGUGACAAGACAAUAUUUUAGGAGUAUCUUGUCUUACCUUUUUGUCCUAAGUACAAUUACUCUUCAUGUUGCACCGACAAUCAUGCUUCACAGUAGUAGGCUAAAUGGUGCAAUGCUUGUUCGUUACAUAGUCCUAGGAAAUUAAUGCUUAGCUCAGUGGUAAAAAUGUAGUCAUUCCACAGUAGGAAGUCCAUAUUCAAAUCCUGACAUCCAUCUUUCCCCCCCUCUCUUUUUAAGAGUUCUGUAGCAGUUGAUCUGAGAGAUCGUCUGCUGCAGAAUCUGGAGAGCCAAUAAAGAUGGACAAAUAAUCUGACCUCAUAUGUGGCAGCUUCAGAUGUUUUCUUUUCCUAUUCAUACAAUGUUUAUUUUCCAAUGGACUUGAACUUUUGAUUUAUAGACUGGGAUGUAAGGAACUGAACCAGCCAUGCUCGGUGCAGAAGCAAGGAAACUGGGAUUUAUUUCAUAAUCUCCCCUUCCAAAUAGCAAGUUCUCAUUACUCCAUUAAAAAUUGCCUUUCAAAAUGUUCUCACUAAGCAUUCAGCCACUGUGACAUACCCCCUCAGGAGCAUGAAGAUGUCUGUGCAGUCCUCUGGAUUAUGGCCAUGGUCAAGAACAUUCAGCAUUUUGCAGAAAUGUUAUUUAUCUCAGGCAUUUUCAGAUCAUAGUAAAUAAUUUAUUCCAGUUAAAAUACCCACAAAAGCCCCAAUAUCUGUUUAACUGACCUGUGAAUUUCAGCGUUCACUGAAUUUGCUCCCAAAGGCUACUACAGCCCUUGAAAACUGCAUUUGGGAAUAUCAAUAGCAUGAGAUUUGUGGAUUGUAGCCAAUACUUCAUCCAACCUGUUCCUAACUCCCGUUACAUUUGAUUGAAAUACAGAAGUCACAUCUACAUCACAAGACUUGACUUGGACCUGAGAAAAGGGAUUCAUAUUUAACAUGAAUAAAAGCAGUCCAAAUAAUUGCAUACAUGGAAAAUCCUGCACAGCUUUCAACAUGGAGUCCAGAGGAAGAUUUAAAUUGGCAACCACCAGGAGAAUCAGAAAUUAACAGUAACGAUAUAGAAAUACUUAAGAUGGGAAUGUGAGAGUCCACAGACUUCCAUGUAAAAAUGUUUUGUUAGCAAAAUAUUUCUGCAGGAUUGGAGAGGUUUUUUUUGUGGAAGUUAAAAAAGUUUAAAUGGCAUUGAACCCAGAAAGGAUAUUGCACUAUUCCAACUGAUCCCAUCUACAGUAUCUCGUCACCUCCAAAGUGUUACAGUAUAUUUAUCAUUUCUUAUAAAGGUUUUUGGCAGUUAUUGCAUUUGAUUAACAAAUCUAGCUCUUAGCUUGAAAAUGCUGUUCAGACCUCCUUGUUCUGAAUGGAUCAGUAUGAAUUUGUCUUAGAAAUGGGAAGUGCUUUGGAGCUAACUGGGUUAGAUUCAUUAUCUUCUAGGAGGUAGAUUAGGCCUUUCUAGCUGAAACUAAAGUCAGUGGUCUUGGGCUGCAAUCCUUUAUAUACAGAACUAGAAGUCCAGUAAGUCCAGUUGAUACCAGUUGGGUUUGCUUCUGAGUGCAUAGAACUGCACUUUCUCUUCCCAAAAUUCAUUGCACAUGUCCUGUAACUUACAUGAAAAUCAGGUGAAUCUUUGUUUACUUGUUUGGGAAAAAAAAAUAAGUUAAAUAUUGUAGAAACUAAUUUACAAGGGAUUGGGAUAUGCUUUUCAUUGAGAAAUGUAUGAAUGUGAGAAAGUUUAUUGUAUAUUUGUUGAUUUAGAUUAAGGCUUGAAUUAGGAAUUGAGCAUUGUUGCUGAAUGUCAUAAUAGUGGUAUACGAUAGAAAUAUAGCAUGUGUGAGAAUAAAUGGGACAAUUAGCAAAUGGUUCAACACUAAACAGGAAGUAAGUCAAGGAUGUGUGAUGCAGUGGGAAUGGUGUGCUUAAGAGCUGUGGGAUAAAACAAGAGAAGGUAAAAAUUGAUAAACGAAUGUUAUUGAAUAUGAACGUGAGUGACCAGGAUGAAAGAAGUAUCUUGAGGUGGUAUGUACAUAUGGCGAGAACUAACAAGGAUCAGAUUGCAAAAUUAAAGUAUGAAGUAAGAAUGAAUGGGUUGAGAGGCUAAGACCAACAAAGUUGUCUUAGGUCAAUUGAUGAGGUCAAAAAACGUGAGAAGUAUAAAGAACAAAAGGCAAUGUAUGAAUAUGAUGUAAGCAAGGAUGUAUGCAAGCAUAGAAAAGCAGAGAGGUGAAAUGAAUAGUAUUAUGUAAGCUAGUUUUAGUUGCAUUUUCUUUUUCUUAUGUAAUUCUUUCAAUCUCUUUGACUUAUUAGGUCUUCUUUUCUGUGCUCUGCAUAACUUUGCUAACCCUGAAAGGGAAAAACAUAAUGUGUAUGUAUGUAUAUACAGGGAAAGGCUUUUGAGUUGUAAUAAAAAUGGUUUGUGAUGUGGUGUUUUAUACGUCAUGUAAAAUAAGUAAAAUAUUGUUAAUGUUUGGUUUAAUUUUUUAAAUUUCUUAAAGAGCAUUUGAGUGAUUCUUACAAGUGGAAAAAAAACCUUGU